UAUUUGUUACUGUAACUUUCGAUUCGAACCAACAAGUCUUGUGAUAUAAUUCUUAUUUUCAUUGAAUUAUUGCAAAGAUCAACUCUUAAUUGCAAUAUUUAACAUUGGAGGGCUAUUGAAAUGCCGGCGUCGUGUACAGUUCCCGAUUGUGAAUUAAAAUAUGCGCAUUCCGAGGAUGUUUCUUAUCACAAAUAUCCGCUAAAAAAGCCAGAACAGCUGGCCAAAUGGAUCGAAUUCGCAGGCCGUAACCCAGAAUGGUUGCCUACCAAGUGGAGCACGAUAUGCAGUCGACAUUUUAAAGCAACCGACUUUAAGGAUUGCAUCUAUCGUAAGAAUCUAGUCAGUACAGCAAUUCCAUCAAUUCGAGUGAAAAAGCAUUCUGACAAAUUGGCUGCAUAUGCGCCUGAAAAAUCGAAGGAGAACAAAGAGACAACAGACACGCCACCGGAACAUGGUGAAAUACACGAAGCGGAAACAGAUCAGGAAGAGCUAUCCGGGGGAGAGGAUACACACAUGUUAGAAAUGACUUGUAGGCUGUGUGGAACGGUGUUCAGCAGAUGGUGCCAAAGCUUGCUAUCGGAAUUCCGAAUGUAUGCGGCAUUGAUUGCCAAGUGUUUACCGUUUGUUAAUCUGGAACUUAUGCAUUACCCUUCUAAGGUUUGUGCUAAUUGUGUGAAAGUAUUGAACGGAUUUUCAACCUACUACGACAAUGUGGUCAAAGUUCAGGGAGAUCUCGAGCAAAAAUACACUGGGAUCUGUGAACAGUAUUCUACUUACAAACCUAUGACAGAUGUGCCCUCUCGAACGAUGAAAAUCAAACAGGAACCACUAACAAGCAUUAAGGAAGAAACUAUCGAUUUUGCCGCAAAGGGAAGGGAAGCAGAAAAUUCUUUGAUUAUCAAAAACCCGAAUAUUACAAACGACAAGAAAAAGUUAAUACUGUUUAAUAACAGUCAGACAAAUGAAGGACAAUAUACGAAACACAACAGGGAAUCCAAAAACUGCGAGAUACUUGAGAUUGUCAAUUUAUAUCCUCCUAUUGUCGACAUAACCAGUGCAACUAUUCGGGAGGUUCAGCCUUAUGAAAUCACAUUGCCAUCAUCACUAUCUAACGCAACCUGUCAACCAUGCGCUCCGCAGAUAAUUAAUUUGAAAACGGAAAACACCGCAGAACUGGAGGAGGAAUAUGAAGACUAUUCUGGUUAUUUUCAAGACUUUAUGGCCGGUUUUACAGCGUGGGAAGAACACAGCUACUCCAAGCUCCCCAUACAAGCGGACGAUAACAAAGAUGAACUAUUUCCAACUCACAUGGAGCUAGAGCCAAUAGAGCCCAUACAAUUGGGUAAUUCUGCGACUGUCAGGGUAAUUCAUGUUGAGUUACCGCCUCCACAACCCGUUGUUGCUGAAUUUGCCUGUUCAAGGUGUCACGAGAAAAGGUUCCGUUCGCGAGUUCAAUUGCUUCGCCAUAAAAUUUUACACUGUUCGUCAAGAGUAGUUCGUUCGUAUCGUUGCUUUUAUUGUCAGCGAAGUUUGUGUUCUUGGCAUGAACGGAAAAUGCAUUUUUCCGUAUGUCGCCGCAGGAUGCUUAGACAACGGCGAAGAAACGAUAUGGUUAAAAGAGCAAAAGAGAACAGUAAACACGACCGGAACACUGAAGAAACAUCAUCGUCGGGCAAGACAAACAGGCGUUUCGAUUGCACAAUGUGCGACCGGUCAUAUACUAGGCUUUAUAACUUGAAACGCCACAAGGCUAGCCACAGACCCGUUGACCAGUGGAAUCAUAAAUGUGGCGUGUGUCAGAAAAUUUUCGACAAGCUGUUCGAUCUUAAGAAACAUUUUCAGUUGUCUAAAUGUGCUGGCAGCAGUGGGGAUAGGAGUAAAUUUUCGCAGCACAAGCCAGACGAAGAUACGAGCGGGGAAGAAAUUGUGUCUUUGCAGGCCGCUGGUACACCUUCGGAUAGGCUGCUCUAUGUUUGUUCCACUUGCACCAAACAGUUUAAAUCGUACAACAGUCUAAAAGUACACGAAAGUGUUCAUACAGGUUUAAAAGUUUUCAUCUGUGAAACAUGUGGGAAACGAUUCGGUGGUCAGGUCAAUCUCAGCCAGCAUCGGCUGACGCAUAUUGAUGAAAAACGAUUUACGUGCAAGUUAUGUCCUAAGGUUUUCAAGAGAAGUGGCGGUCUUGGCCAACACGUGAAGGCUUUCCAUAUGAAAAUCAAACCGUACCAGUGUACAGUGUGUCGUAGGGAUUUUGCCUUAAAAGCCGACAUGAUACGAUGCCGACAUUCAAAGUUGAAGGAUUUUGGCUAGUUUUUCACAGUUUAACUGACCAAUCACAAAACAGGGAAACCACUGCCUAGGUUCCGCAGAACAAGACAAACGGGUAGUAUUGUUUAAUAAAAAUUUCUAUGAAAUACGUCUUGUGGCAUCAACCCACGAUUGAUUCACGCAUAAGUCAAUGGCGAAAACGUUGAAUGGAGGCUGACAACCUUUUAAAUAAAGACGAAAAACAUUAGUCAGCUGACUAAAAGGAAAGUCUAGAGGUCUAUAUUAUGUAACGGAAAUUAUAAGUUGAGGAAUAAAAAAAAACAACAGGAAUUGUUAAUCUUUC